CGUCACAUUUUGAUAUUUGACGCGGUCAUGAUAUCCGUCUGACCGUCUCUACUCUCCGGCCUCCAUCCGCGCGAAUCUUCGAAGAAGCCAAAGAACCAACAGUCCACCAUCGAGGAGUCUGCUUAUUUGAACAGGAGAAGGGAAAGAGCGUCGCUUUACGUUGCGGAGAUGUUUACGUCAAUUCUUGUGUAAACAGACGAUAUGCCUUUCUUUUUUAAAUUCACUCUAAUCGAUUUCCAUGCCUCCUCUGGUUUUUCAAAUCCUCUGUUUUCAGUCGUAAAUGGCUUCUGCUGGAGUCAAUACUAGGCCACACCUCCUGAAGGAAGAAAUCUUAUUCCACUCUCAAACCUUCCCUAAGAGAAUCCCUUGCUUGAUCGCCUUUUAUAGGGUUUAGUCAGCCUUUCUUCUUCUUCUUCUUCUUCUUCUUCUUCUUCUUCUUCUUCUUCUUCUUCUUCUUCUUCUUCACCAGAAUCUUUGUUCUGGGGUUUUCUUUGGUGGGGGGCUGAUGGAGGAGCCGAUUGAGGUCAGAGCCUUUAAGUCGUUAGGGUUGGGCUUCGAUUUGACGAAUGAUUUCAGGUUGCAGUAUGCCAAGGGGUUUCCUGAUGGAAGGUUGGUUGUGUUGGAUGAGAAGAAUAGGAGGGACAUUGUGAUUCCUGGAGGGGUGACGAUUCCUGGGGUCUCCAAUGAUAUCAGGUGUGAUAAAGGGGACAGAAUUCGCUUCAUGUCUGAUGUGCUUGAGUUCAAUMAGAUGUCAGAGUUUUUUAAUCAGAAAUCUUCCAUACAAGGAAAAAUUCCUUCAGGUUAUUUUAAUUCUAUUUUUCAAUUAAAUGGAGCCUGGUUGAAGGAUGCCACAGACAAUAAAUAUCUUGCUUUUGAUGGUUACUUCAUCUCCAUGUACUAUUUGCACCUAACGGCAUCUCCUUUAGUUCUCCAAGACAAAGUGAGGAAGGCAGUCCCUCCUAACUGGGACCCAGCAUCACUAUCUAGGUUCAUUGAGACGUAUGGGACACACAUAAUUGUAGGAAUGGCUAUUGGUGGUCAGGAUGUAAUUUGUGUUAAACAGAAACAUUCCUCAUCCAUUCCUGCUGCUGAACUCAAAGGAUAUUUGGAGGAUCUUGGAGAUUCUAUGUUUUCAGAUAGGAGCACUUCUCCUUUACAGCAGAGAACUAGAGAAUCCAAGAAAAAGGUUCCCGAGGUCUUUUACCAUCUUUUGCAGUCAAACCCCAGGCAGAUUUCCAACACUGUUUUAGAAGCAUCCAGCAAAGAUGGCCUGACCAUCAUUUGCUCGAAAAGAGGAGGGGAUGUAUAUUGCCACAGCCAUUAUAGUUGGCUCCAGACAGUGCCUGCUAAGCCAGAUGCCAUACUCUUUAAAUUUGUACCCAUCACUUCUCUUCUUACUGGGAUCCAAGGCAGUGGCUAUCUUAGUCAUGCAAUUAAUCUAUAUCUUCGCUACAAACCUGCUCUUAAGGAUUUACAGUACUUCUUGGAGUUUCAAGUUCCCUUGCAGUGGGCACCUAUGUAUAAUGAGCUUCCUCUUGGGCCCCAAAGAAGAAAGACUUCUUGUCCUUCAUUGCAGUUCCAUUUCUUGGGUCCCAAGCUUCAUGUCAACUCCACCCAGGUCUCAAGUGAUCGGAAACCAGUGACUGGCCUACGUUUGUACUUGGAAGGAAAGAAAUGUAACCAACUAGCCUUGCAUGUACAGCACUUGUCAAGUGUUCCACAUAUGCUAGAAUCAUUGUGGGCUAGUUCUACCAGAUCUUGGUCAUGUCAGUGGAGAGGGUCUGAUGAUGAUUUAUGCAGCAGACAAUACUUGGAGCCAGUCAAAUGGAAGAGAUACUCAAAUGUAUGCACAGCAGCGGUUAGGCAUGACCCCAAGUGGCUGCAGAGGGAACCUGGUGGUGUUUUUGUGGUAACAGGUGCACAGCUCCUCACCAAGGGGAAGUGGCCGAAGACAGUGCUUCAUCUUCGGCUGCUCUUCACUUACCUGCCCAACUGCAGUAUUCGUAAGGCUGAGUGGGCAGUUGCACCAGUUGGUUCUCACAAGUCAAGUUUCCUCACAAACCUCAGUACAACAUUCACGCAAAGGGAAGCAGCCACCGCUCCCCCAAAACAAGUGCCUGCUGUGCUGAACUCAGGUGUAUAUCCUGAUGGCCCACCAUCGCCAAAUCAAUCCCCGAAGAUGCUCAAAUAUGUUGAAACAAUUGAGGUGCUGAGGGGUCCGCAUGAUGCCCCUGGGCAUUGGCUGGUUACAGCUGCUAAGCUAGUAACAGAAGGUGGCAAGAUUGGCUUGCAUGUAAAAUUUGGCUUGUUAAAUUAUUCUACAGAAUAAAGAGUGUUGUAUUUAUGAUUUUUCUUUUUGAUUUGUUCAUUGUAGUAAGGUUAUUGCUCGUUGCUGCUAAUACAGAUGUAAAUAAGAAAUAACUUUGGGUACAAAUGGAGCCAAUGAAUAUACAUAUUGAUGUUAUUUCUUUGUA